AUGUCAUCUAUAGCAACUCGUAAAGUUGUCCAUUCUCUUUCUCCUGCACGCCACGUCCCUGACAUGCGCGGUGCUGCAAAGCAGGAUAGUGUCGCUGUCAAUCCGAUCAGGCUGCCAUACAAAACGGCGUUGACUGCGUCGAGGCAAAACUUGCCUGCAACCAACGUGUUGACGUCAAGGACAAGACCGAGCGCUUCGGCGAUUCGUGUACCCCAACUCCACGCACGAUCCAGAGCUGACCAUAAGCAGAAUGGUGCCGGUGCGCUCUCAAAGACCAAUAUCCCAAGACCCACGGUUGUGGCGUUGAAGAAGACUCGGGUCCGACAGAGCAUGAAGUUUUGGGUCAGAUCAGUGAGUGUCGUUCGGAUCUCCAAGGCCAAGUUAACUUCACACACUGCAGACCAGGUUGCAGUUGCACAAGACUGCGAAGACAAGACCCCAGAGAAAGGCCCUGUUGAGGUCGACUCUGGAAUCCUGCAGCUUGUCGAGCGGAACGAAGCCGAGGACUCGGUAAUCGACAAUUCCUCACUGCUCUUCAACAACAAGAGCUUCGACGAGUCUGUUGAUACUGACCAACAGACUUCGACCCUCAAAAUCAUCGGACGAGAGCUCGUCAGCACGAAGCGACUUGGACUGGGACUCCAGAUCCACCGAUCGCCGUGGUUUGUGGGACUCGCCCACUGUCUGACGUACAUGGGUGAAGGUGUCAGCAUGCCACACAUCUACGCUCCACUGAACCCUCCAAAGGAUAGUGUCAAGACAACACCACCACCAUCCCGACCAACUACCAAGGAGGCAACACGAGGCAACGUAGUCAAAGUCACCAAACUCAAUUCUCCGGAACCAGCCAAGAGUGAUAAGGCGGCUGCGACCACGAAGCCUCAGGCGCGUGGAAAGCGUCACCUUCCGACAACCACCCAGCCCAAGGCUUCACGAAGGUGCUCAGCUAACAUCCGCACCACGCCUCUCGCCCGCCGCCAGAAGCCUGUUCCGCAGCAAAAGGCUACUGGCAGUCACAAGCCCCGUCCUACCGUUGGACGACACCUCGGUACCAAGCAGUCAGUGACUCCCAGUACCGACAAGAAGCCACUGGGUCGUGGACCCCACGCAGUAAAGUCCGCUCUAAAGCCAACUGCAUGCCCAUCCAGUCCCGCCACUGUCAAGAAGCAGGUCGCUUUUGUCUCAGGACCCAUCAAGCCACGCUUCUCCGCCAAGGACACCGUCAAGCAAUCCGCAUCCCCUGAUGCCUUGCCAUCACGGUAUGAAUGGGCUCCACUCGUCGGUCUACUGCACUCUCGACCUACCUCGGUCGGCUCCAAGACAUCACAGAUCCUCCAAGGCGACAAAGCGGGUAGCUUGACGCUCAAGCGCCGCUUCCUCACUCGUCUCGCCAGUGUGCAGGCAUACGAGGCAAAUCGUCGCGAAGAGGCUAUUGCAAGGGGUGAGCAGCUUGGUUUGGGUCAGCUUGACUAUGGCAAUGCUGUUAUCAAGAUUGCCCUGCAAGCGUCGGGGGUCGUCGAGGCGGACGACAUUGGGAUCCUCCAGGACCUGAGUGGUGUUGGCAGGUGCGGACUCCUGGCUACUGGUCGCCGACAGAUGGCCAAUCCCGUUUGGUUUUUUGGAGCAUUCAAGAAGCCGUAUAGCCCUGCGACUAUUCCGACCAAGCGGGUUGCGGCUUACAAGAAGCCAGUGUUCUAGUCGGUUGCAGGGUCAAGGGGGAGUUGUAGGCUCUUUUCGAUAAGCAUUUCACGCCAUUGCAAGCUGCGGAUUCAGAUAUUUGAAGCCGAAGUAACAAAAGCAUAGAAG